AUGGGUAGAAAUGACACACUCGAGAGGGCAGGGCAAUCCAUGGACAGCACCAUCGAGAGAGGUGGCUUGCAGGAGGCAAAGGACCCAGAAGUGAUGCUUGAGCUGCUCUAGGCUGAGUUGGAACUGGAAAUCAUGGGAAAGCUGUACAUUGAGGAUGAGGAGCUUGGAUCCACAGAUUCAGGCCAUCGACUUAGGCUUGACCUGCAGCACAACAUGCCCAGGGACUUGGAAGGUGCUCAGCAAUGAUGGCUUCACGAACUCCAGGAUCUUGGGCCUUCCCUUAGCCCUUGGGAUUUCAAGCACCUGCUCCUUUCAGGCUUGUCCUGCUAUUGGCUCCAUAGGGCUAGUGAGGCUGAGGAAAGGGGUCAUUGGGCCUAGGUCUUUGCCCUCUUGGCACAGGAAACAUGCUGGGACCUUGCAAGGAUCUCUGAGCCUAUUGUAGCCCCUGGCUCCUGA